AUGUGGGUUGUAGAUCUUUCUCCGAACAUGCUCAAUGCUUUCGCCUGUGUGCCUCUCUCGCGUCUUCUUGCCUUAGCAUUGUGUAACUGCACUGCCCAACAAAUCUAUUCUGACGAAAGCUCCGAGGAUGCCACUCCUCUCGACGGUAGGAUCGCGAUUGGUGGCUGGAAAUGUAUAGCCGAAAUUGAUCCACGCGCACUCUUGUUCAGCGAUCUUCCGACCCGUUCGGGUGCACGCAUUUGA